AUGCGUCUUUGUCUGCUUGUAGCGCUGCCGUUUUUGGCGCGCAUUUCGGCAGCUGCUUCCUUCUCGCCGUUUACGCUGGACGGCGUCCAAGCCGACAUAUCAUCCUUUAUAGGCCUCAAUUCGACCCAGCGAUCAAAAUUUGUGUCUAAUCUUGGCUGCGAUGUAGCCUGUGCUUUCCUUGCUAUUGCACGCCCCCAUGCAGUGGCUUUCCCAAACUCGUCAAUCUAUGAUUUCCAAGAGAACCGAUACUGGUCUCAGCAGCAAGAAUUUACUCGCCCGUCUUGCCGCUUCUCACCCACCUGCGCCGAGGAUGUUUCUUUGGCCAUCCUCACGUUUCGCGCAACCCAAUGCAAGUUCGCUGUCAAGAGCGGAGGCCACGGCGCGUUUUCGGGUGCUUCCAAUAUCCAAGAUGGCGUGACAAUUGAUCUCAUUCAUCUCACAGACGUGCAAUUAUCAGCAGACAAGAAACUGGCAUCUGUGGGUGCCGGCAACACGUGGUACAAUGUGUAUCAGCAGCUAACCCCACACAAUCUCACCGUCAUCGGCGGGAGAGUGUCUCCCAUUGGCGUCGGAGGACUGACUCUGGGUGGUGGCAUAUCGUUCUUUUCAGCUCGUUACGGCUGGGCCUGCGACAACGUCUACAACUACCAGGCCGUACUUGCGGACGGCUCCAUCCGGGAUAUCAAUCACAGCUCCUGCAACAAGGAUCUCUACUGGGCUCUGCGUGGCGGUGGAAACAACUUCGCCAUCGUCACACGACUCGACCUCGAGACCUAUCCACAAGGGGAUAUGUGGGCUGGCUCGCAGAUCUUUCUCAACACGCCCGACACGAGCAAAGCUAUCAACAAGGCUUUUGAAAGCUUUGCUAUCAGAUCUCCCGAAGAUGAUUAUGCUCAGAUUAUCACUGCGUAUGCAUAUGCCCAAUCCCAAGGCGUGUAUGUCAUCGCUUCGGAUCUUCAGUACGGCAAACCCGUCCCGAACCCUCCCAUUCUGCAAAAUUUCACAGCCAUUCCCGGCGCUGUUGCCAACACUCUGCGUGUGGUUGACCUGCCAUCACUGACACAAGAGUUCAACGCCAGCAAUCCUUAUGGCUUCCGUAAAACUUAUUGGACCUUUACCUUCAAGAACAGCGCUGCGCUCAUGGACGAUAUCGUGGCCAUAUACAUGGAGGAAGUAGACAAGGUCAAAGACGCUCCCGGCAUCGUGCCGUCGACGAUUUUUCAACCCAUCACCACGUCUAUGACGAAGCACUUCUCCAAAAAUGGAGGCAAUCCCCUGGGUCUAGAAGGCCAAGGCCCGCUCACCUUGGCAAACAUUGACAUUUCAUGGACCGAGACUGGUGACGAUAAUCGCAUCAUGGCCGCAGCUCAAGCCAUUGUAGAUCGCGCUGUUGCGGCGGCCCAGGUUCGCAGGCUCGAACACCCCUACCUGUAUCAAAACUAUGCCUCACAGAAGCAGCAUGUGCUUGCUAGCUACGGCGAGGCAAAUCUUGCUCGACUUCGAAGCAUCUCCAAGAAAUACGACCCGGAUCAGGUUCUGCAACGCCUGCAGCCUGGUUACUUUAAACUGCACUGA